UCGUUAAGAGUGAUUCUCAUUCACUGAUCGACUGUUAUGUCGAGUCAAACACGUCUUGGAUUAUCACCCAUUCAUAUAUGUAUUGGUUGUCAACACAACACAAGUGACCAGUGAUCGGCGCCAAUGACUACCGCUUGCAGUGCUUCAGCUUUCAUGAAGAGCCCACUCGUCACCUGGGUCAAUUCAUUAAACGAUGAAAAAUGCGCUCAAAAAGAGAUCAAAGAUUACAGUGAACUGAGUUCUGGCACUCUUUUCAGUAAAGUUUGGCUCCAAAUUGAUCCGCAACCGAUCUAUCAAUUUGUAACGACUAAUGAUGGCAUUGGAAGUCGUAUUAAGAAUUUGAGUUCACUUUUAAAUAAUAUAAAAGCAUUUUAUGAGAACAUUUUGGGCCAAACGCUUGUCAUUAGAAUACCAGAUAUCGUGAAGAUUGCCGUCAAUCCAAACGAUGAGUCUUCCAGUUGUGAAGAGAUGAAAGUAUUGCUACUUUUAAUGCUCGGAUGUGCCGUUCAAUGCGAACGCAAAGAGCACUUCAUUGAUGGCAUCAAACAAUUAGAUAUAUCUGUUCAGCACUCGAUUGUUGAAUGCAUACAAAAAAUCACAGAUAAUCCGGAGUCAGUUUGGCUCAGCUCUGAAUGGAAUGUAUUGCCCGAUGAAGAACACGAUAGACAACGACUAUAUUCGCUAUUAGUUCAACACAUCAAUGGACUCGUUAAAGAGAGACACGAAUUACAUAAUAAGAUCACUGAUUUGUCCCUCGAGUUGAACACCAAUUGCCGGAGCGAUUCAAACGAUAGUAACGCUCUCUUCGUCUCUAGUCUUAAUAUAGCGAAUACUGUGAGAAGUGACCAAAAGUCAAGUCUUAUUGUUGAGGAAUUGGCAGACAUUAAGUCAAAACACAGAAGAGUUCAGCAGGAAUUGGAAGAGAAGAAUGAAAUGGUAUCGGAGCUGAAAGAACUUCUCGAACAAAGCAAGGAAUCGUGUAAUAAACUCAGACAUGAGAACCUGGAUCUCAUACAAGAGGCCCGAUCUGUGAAAGCAUAUCGCGAUGAGAUCGAUGUACUCAACGAAAGGGUCCGUAAAGUGGAUCACUUGGAGAACGAAGUGCACAGAUAUAGAGACAAAAUGAAUGAAUUAGACUUCUUUAAGUCAAGAGUCGAUGAAUUGAGAGAAGAUAAUCGUGUAUUGAGUGAAACCAAAGUGAUGCUCGAAGAACAGCUCGACUUGAACCGCAAGAAAGCGGACCAAUUGCCUGAACUCGAGGCACAGAUACUGAAACUGAGCGCCUAUUCCGAUGAGAUGGCUAUUCAAAAGGAUUUGGAUAGAAAUAAAAUGGAGACCUUUAUUGAAGAGAUCACUCAAUUAAGGUUAGAUAAGAAGUCGAGCGCAGAAGAGUUGACGAAAGUUGAGGAACAGUUGAUUCAUCUGAAGUCACAAAUGAAAGUGGAUUUAAUGCAACAGAACGGAGAGGGAAACCUAUUGGAACAGAUCAAUAACGACGCCUCCAAAAGGGUCCUUAAACUCGAGUUAGAAAAUCAAAGAUUGCAGUCAUUAGUGGAAAACAUCAAAAAUAACCAAAAAUCUGAUUAUGAAUAUAAAUCGAUAAGCAGUUCACCGCUUACGACACCGUCUGACAGGUCUGAAAGUAAUUCAAUGGAGGAUAAGGUAAAUGAAAGAUUGGGCACAACUUCUCCAGAAGAAGACAAAGAGGAAUACAAAGAAGAAGUAGAAGUAGUAUUAGCGGACAAAGAAGUACAACAAAUGAAUGGCAAACUCGAAAGUCUAGAACUGAGCCAUUCGUGUGAUUGCAAUGAUUUGAACGAUAAGAUUACAAAAUUAAAAGAAGAGAACCGAGUUAUGGACGAAGAGCACAAACGACUGCAAACCGAAUACAAAAUGUUACAAAAUAUAUACAAAAAGUUGAGGACAGAAAACAAUGACUUGAAACUGAGACACACAGAACUUCAGGGCGAGACCUCUGAAUGCAGGGAUAGGAUGGCGCUGUUGGACGUGGAAGUGUCCAAACUGGCCAACUAUUGCGAAAUGGUUGCGCUCACCAACAACUCAAUUGAAUCGCAUCGCAAAAGACUGAUCAACAAUAUAUCAAAUCUAUUGACACAAUAUCAUGACGUGUUGACAGAAAUUGGCGGCGACUCUGAAAAGUUAAUCUCAGAUAAAAUGCAUGACUUGACCGCUAAAAAGGAAAAAUUGGAUAAAAUGAUCAAAGAGUAUGAUUUGACACUCGAGAAGAAGAAAGUUGUCGUCAGUAAUCAUAACGUUGUCCGUCGUAUCCAUAGGUCAUCGACUGAUCUCUGUUUAUCUAAUAAUCAAAUCAUUCAUUUUAAUGACCGCUCGAAAGAGCGUAAUUCCGCUCCAUUUGAUAAUUUGGCCGAUGAGGCCAUAUAUGGCCGCAUUUGGGAGGCGGAGACUCCACCCAUCACUUCUAGUACAUCAGCAUUGCGUCCGACGCCCACUAAUAAUACUUCAUCGCAAGCCUUAGAACAAAGCAGUGGAAAGGCUUCCGAAACUAUUAAAGCUUCGGAUCCUUUAAAUCAGAUAAAAGAAGAGAUAAUAAAUGGUGAGACAAGUGUGAUAUGUCCGGUGCCGCCGCCUCGGCCUCCGCCGCGGGUCUCGACAACUAUAGAGAAUAAGAUUCAUUUAAGUGUAAUAACUAGUCCUCUGCGCUCUCAAUCCAAUACCAGUACUGGUUGUGAAGCAUUGCAUACAAUGAGUGGAAGCACUCGAACUAAUUCUCAUUCAUAUAACAACUUCACGAGAGGAACAUUUAAGAGCAAUAGUAUAAACUACGGAAGUCCUGUCCGGCGCCAACACAUGCCGUACAAGAAUGGUAACCAUCACACGAGCCAUCACUUCCACCACUUGCACCCACACUCGGCGUCGCCGUCACUGCUAUCGGACUCUUCGCUCACACCUUUAGAAGACUCUGAGCUCAGCGACGGAGGCCUUAAUAAUCAGAGAUCUCGUCAUUUGACAAAUUGCGAUACCGUUACUGUCAAUAGCAAUACAACCAAUUCUAUUUGGUAUGAAUACGGCUGUGUCUGACAUACCUGUCCAUCCAUCUCAUCCACCACUUCAUCACAAGACAAAACACUAUUUAAUGGUAAUUAAUGUAAUAUAAUAUACAAUUUACUUUAAUAUAAAAGGAAACUAAUUUUGUAUAUUGAAGUGUACUUAAAUUAUGCUAAAAUUUAUGGCCAUUUUAUACACCGAUAAUAUUUAUAAUAUUUGUAGAAAUAGUUUUGUGAUUCAAUUCAUACGACAAGACCA